AUGGAUUUCAUCAAGACCAGUUCCCUGCGUGCUCUGAUUGAGUUAACUUUCCAACGCAACUGGAACGGCCUCAUUUGGAUGAGUAGAAAAGGAGUUAUAGCCAAAAGAGUGAAGACUGCUCCAGACGGCUCUAUCGAGAAUCAGCGCCCGAACGCGCAGACCGGCUGGCCGAGGAACGCAUGUUCCGCGCUCGGCCAAAACGUCCGUCCGUCUGAAGUCUCGGCCAAAGUCAAAACCGUUCGGCCGAUCACGCAUCACGACCCGGGAAAAGCCCGCGGUCGGCCACGCCACGACCGCGCACGCCACGCGCACACCGACAGCCUGCGCAACCUCUCGCGUACCACGGCCGAUGUUCCGUCCGAGCCGGGAAACAACGUCCCACGUCCGGCCGAGAAACCAUCGGCCAAAUUCAUCCGUCCGACCACACCGGCCGACCGUGAAAUCAUCCGGCCCGACCGUUCCGACUCGGCCAAAGACCCGACUGUCCGGCCGACCGUCCCGACCGACCGUCCGAACGCCGCGGUCGACCCGAAGCCGUUUUUGAAGCCCAAUCCGCACAAUUCAAGCCCAAAGCCGGCGCCGACCUAG